AUUUGAUGAAUGCAACUUCAGAAGACGGUUCACCUGGAGAGGACGGCAUUCCAGGAUUUGACGGGAUCAUGGAUCUUAUUGCGAAUAUACAUUCAUUCAACAUCGAUGAUUCUGGGUGUAUGAUGUGUCCAGCCGGGCCGCCAGGGCCGCCUGGUUUGGUUGGUCCGCCAGGAAGACUUGGUGAUGAUGGUAUCAUGGGAUUGUUGGGAAUGGAUGGCAAAGAUGGUAUGCCAGGAGAACAAGGGCUA